AUGGAGUCGCAUAUGGAAAGGACGGCCAGUACUGAGACGUGGGCCAACGGCAGCCCCUCGUCGGGUCCUUUUCCUGGGAAGCGGAAGCAUGCAGAGGGGGUAGAGGAGGACUAUAUGAGUUUCCAGCCCGAAAACGGCAUGCAGGACAUUGCCGAGUACUGCCGACAGGCGGUGAUGCCCCGUACGCAGACGCACUUGCAGGGCGAGAGCGAAAAAGCCGAGUUCUACCCAUUGCCACCGGAGCUGAACCAAGCAGUACUUUCUUCGCUCGGCGUGCAGCCUGCGCAGCAGCAGGGACACACGGCCGUCGAUACACACCAUCCGACGGCCCGUCCUGCGCCGUUCCCCAACUUCCCUAGCCAAGGCCUCGACGAGCCGUCGCCCGUGUCGAGCCCGGGGCUGCUGCAGCCGGGAACGGCGCUGAAUGGCCAUGACUAUGGCAUGGAAAUGAGCAACUCGCUCGACUCGAAUAAUGCGAGCGAGGGGAUGGACGAGGAAGUACACACGCCUACACACGCGUCCGCAUCGCAUGGACCGCAGUGCAAAAGCAUCCCGCAAUUGUCGGUGCGACACUAUGGCGGGACAGCAUCGCAGCUCUGGGCGUCGUGCCCGGACUGCGGUGCGUUUUCCAAGGUGCAUGAAGACAAGCCCGUCAUCCUGUGCUACUCGCCUUGA